AUGACUUUCCCGCAACCCAAGGACUUCAAGGUCGCCAUUGUCGGCGGCGGAAUUGCCGGCCUCACGCUCGCCAUCGCGCUGCACUACCGCCAGGUGCCCGCCAUACUCUACGAGAGCGCGGCCGGCUUCGCAGAGAUCGGGGCCGGCGUGUCGUUCACCACCAAUGCGCUCCAGGCCAUGAAGCACAUCCACCCGGGCGUCUUCGAGGCCUUUGAGCGCGCCUGCACCGUCAACGGCUGGGACUCGAAGCGCGACGUCUGGUUCGACUACCUGGACGGCACCGCCGACCACGACCGCGAGGCCUUCACCAUCCGCACGGGCCUGGGCCAGGCCGGCGUGCACCGCGCCCACUACCUCGACGAGCUGGUCAAGCUGCUGCCGGCCGACAAGGCCCGCUUCGGCAAGCGGCUGGAGGACAUCGAGGUGCCGGCGACGCCCGGCGACGCGGGCCGCCUGGUCCUGCGCUUCCGCGACGGCUCCUCCGAGACCGCCGACGCCGUCAUCGGCUGCGACGGCAUCAAGAGCCGCGUGCGCCAGCUGCUCGUCGCCGACGACAACCCGGCCGCCGCCCACCCGGGCUACACGCACAAGUACGCGUACCGCGGGCUGGUGCCGAUGGCGGCGGCGGUCGCGGCCGUCGGCGACGAGCGCGCCCGCAACGCCUGCAUGCACAUGGGGCCCGGCGGCCACGUGCUGACGUUCCCCGUCAGCGGCGGGGAGCAGCUCAACAUUGUGGCCUUCCGCACCACCGAGGACGACUGGCCCGACCGCGAGCGGCUGGCGCGCCCGGCGCGGCGCGAGGAUGCGCUGCGCGACUUCGCGGGCUACGGGCGCAUUGUCACGAGCCUGCUGCGGCUGACGAGCGAGGAGCUCAGUGUUUGGGCUAUCUUCGACACGGCCGACAACCCGCCGCACACCUACUACAAGGGCCGGGUGUGCAUCGCGGGCGACGCCGCGCACGCGACCUCGCCCCACCACGGCUCCGGCGCCGGCUUCUGCGUCGAGGACAGCGCCGUGCUGGCGGACCUGCUGGCGGACGAGCACGUGCGCACGCCCGCGGACCUCGAGGCCGUCUUCGCCGCCUACGACGCCGCGCGCAGGGAGCGCGCCCAGUGGCUGGUGCGGAGCAGCCGCUUCAUCGGCGACAGCUACGAGUGGCGGGCCGAGGGCGUCGGGAAGGAUUUCGCCAAGAUCGAGAAGGAGAUUAAUGAGAGAUUGAGCAUAAUUGGCGAUGUUGAUGUAGCGGGCUUCUGUCGGGAUGCGAGGGCGGAUUUGGUGAAGAGGUUGGAGUCGCAGCUCAAGAACUAA